AAAAACGUAAAGUAGGCGAUGUUGUUUUUUUAAAAUUUGAGCGUGGUAGAAAAUGUUCUGGUACAUUCCACUUUACACAGAUUACAGAAACCACUACACGUGUAACUGCACAAGUCAACACUGGGUUUACAAGUCCGAAUCCAAAUGAUUAUAGAUUCCGCGUUGUUGAUAAAAGCGGUAAUACAAAAAGAGAUUUUACCAAUAAAAUUAGAAGACUAUUGAUUAUUAAUCCUCCUGGAACCGCACCAUUUGAAUUUGAUCAAAAUUUCCAAGCUAGAAGCCUAGUGGGCAAAUUUUUCAUUAUAACACGUAAAGGCAAAGAAUUCUGCAGAGCUAAAAUCAAGAUUGUAUAA